GAAUCACUCAGUUCAAUUCUUCCAGACAAACACACCUGACAGUGUAAUAUAUUUCACAUGAACGUCUUAAGAGCAGAAGAACAGUCCUCAUGAGAACGCCUCUUUUUUCCCCACUCCUGUAUGUGGGACUGGUGGCUUUCGCCAGCAUAUGUUCAGCAGAACAGACUAAAACCUGUAGAACGAGUGGUGGACCUACAGCAGAACAAUGCACUGAUAUGGACGGCCCCACGCAGAGAUUCCUGACGUGUGCUGGCGUCCCAUCAGAGCCCGGCGCAGACCACAUCAUGAACCUGAAGGGCCUCAUCAGCGCUGCUCUGGAUGUAUACUCAUUCAUGCGCUCCAGUGUGACCGGGGUUCCAGUCUUCGAUCUGUCGGGAGGGGUCAGUUUGAACGAGGAUCACGUGAUCAGAGCGUGGCUGGACAUCAAGCUCACUCCUCUGCUGUCGACCAUCUCCAGGAACUUCCUCACAUGUCUCAGCAACAGAAACUUCAGCUGCAGCGCCUACCAGACUGUUGUCAAGGAGUUGAGUCAGCAUUUCUCCGGUCUGGAUCCAGGGAGACAGAAGUGGAUCUAUUCCUUCUUCAUGUACCCAUUCCUCUCUAGGAACACAUCCUCAGGCUGUGUAGAUCCAGAUGACAGCACUGAAGACUGGCUGAUGAAAAACUUUGGCUCGUUCGCUGUGGUGGCUCAAGUGCGAGACUUCACGUCCAUCAACAUGCUCUUCAGCGGGCUGGAGGUUUUGCACCUCUUGAGUCCAGAGCAGAAGGCAGAGCUUCUCCUUCACCCAGAGGUGGUGGGCUUGACUGACAGCUCCCUCGGCCUGGUGUUUCAGAGUUUGCUAUCUUCUCUGAUGCCCUCUGAGGAUCCAUGGACUUCAAAUAACAGCAACACGUAUUACAUGAGCACUGUUCCAUCCUCUUCACCGCAUGACCCCCUGGGACAGGCACUGAAUGGUUUCAUGACGGCAUUUAGACCUGUCGGGAGUUUUGUGAGAGAAUUUGUGUCCUUGACAAAGCAGCAAAACUUGAGCGGCAUGCGGAGCGCCACACUUUUGCAGGCCGUGAUAAACCUGACGCUCGCCGAGAUCGCCGCUCCUUUCAAGCAGAACACCAGCCAAGACCCCAUGGUUACUUUUGACCCCAUGAACGUUAACGACUGGUUCACACAUGUGGUUUCUCCCGUACUCCGGCGAUUCCUUCCUGACAACCAGAUAGAAAUCCACCCCAACCUCACGGCUGUCUUCCAUAACCAGUUCUACAUCGAGACAGGGAUGGGAUCUGGAGCCCAGAAUGAAAGUCAGGACAUCUGCAGCGUCAUUAUUGAUAACAGAACAUGUGGGCUGACUGACUUGGUGGAACAUGUGGCCACUGUCCUGCACUGUGCAGCUCGAUCAAACCUCACGCUCAACGAGGAGACGCUCUUGGAUGUUCUCCUGCAUCUCUCCCAGAACCUCAACGCUCUACUGCAGCAGCUCUCCAUGACUAACUUCAGUUCCCAGAGUUCUCCCUUCAGUGACAUCCUGGACCAAAUCGCUGAUGACAGCUUCACGAUGAGCAACUUGCAGGAUGAGUCGUUUGUUAGAUUAUGGUUCCAGGUCAAGCUAAAGCCUCUGCUUUCCACACUGAUGCCAGAAUAUCUCACGUGCCUCAGUCACAAAGAGUUCAGCUGCCAAACCUUCCAGAUACUUGUUUCAGAGCUCAGUGACAACAUGUUCCUGAUGUCAGAAGGCGAGGAGAAUGUUUAUAAGUAUUUCAUCUUCUCCUUCCUGAGCCGACAAAAUGUUUUAGGUGGCUGCCCUGCUGAGAACAGCAGCAUCUGGGUUACUCUGAAUCUUGGCAAGUUUUCACAGUUUGCAACAUUGAGGGAAAUGUACCAGCUGAACCAAGACUUCAACGCUAUAGAUGCCCUGGUGGUUCUUACCCCCAGACAGACAGCUGAACUGAUAAUUGAGGAUUUUGCAGGUCUGCCAGAGAAAAGCAUCAUCAUAAACAUGGCCUUUGAUCAUAUCUUGGUUUCUCCUGAAGACCGUGGUCUACUUGAGAUGCUCAGAUAUCUGAUCAUACUUGCUGGCGAGAUGGGUUUGGAGUGCUCAUCAUACCAGCAGAUAGUUCGGAGGCUGCAGGGAGCUGUGGUUCCUCCACACAUGAUGCAACCCAUCAAGGACAACGUGGAUCAGCUGGAACACAUGGCACCCCCUGGUACGCACAAACCAAAAAUAAUUAAAAGUAUUGCGGAAUGA